CAGCCCUUGCGUGCGGUGUGUCCCGCGCUUCCGGCGUGGGUGGGUGGAGUGGCGCUGCCAAGAUGGCGGUGCAGGCUGUGCACCUGGAGGCGGACGCCUUCCUGGUCUGCCUCAACCACGCGCUGAGUACCGAGAAGGAGGAGGUCAUGGGGCUGUGCAUCGGGGAGGUACCGGCUGGGCCGCGGGCAGGCGGGCUCCCAGAGCCGGGGCGCUGGGUUGAUACCAGCAGAAUUGUUCAUAUUCAUUCUGUGAUCAUCCUGCGACGUUCAGAUAAGAGGAAGGAUCGAGUCGAGAUUUCUCCGGAGCAGCUUUCAGCUGCUUCUACUGAAGCAGAGAGAUUGGCUGAGAUUACAGGACGUUCCAUGAGGGUUGUGGGCUGGUAUCAUUCUCAUCCACACAUAACUGUCUGGCCGUCUCAUGUGGAUGUUCGCACUCAAGCCAUGUAUCAGAUGAUGGACCAGGGCUUUGUGGGGCUCAUCUUCUCCUGUUUCAUUGAGGACAAGAACACAAAGACAGGCCGGAUACUCUACACCUGUUUCCAGUCAAUUCAGGCUCAGAAGAGCUCAGAGAUCUCUCACUAUAGUUGUACACUGGUCACUGAGCUGCUUCCCACUGCUGAACUGGACUGGAUGGGUGACAUUGUUUUACAGAGAGGAGUAUGUGGGGGGAGAGUAGCUGUGACAGAUAAUGAAAACUUCUUCUUGUGUCCUGAGCUCCAUUGCAAAGUUUGGUCUGAGUCAGCAGAUGGAGUUUUUUCAGUAGCUGGCAUUUGGUAGGAGCCAUGAAUACUUCAGUCAAUGGGACUAGCUUCCUACCUUGUUGAGUCCUGACCUGGUUAUCUCUGCUAUACACCUACUAUGCUACUCCAUUAGUCAUGAGUAAACUAAUCACUAAGCUAUACUAUUGGAGUGGGAUGCUGAAAUGCAGCUUCUGGUAACCUGCCACUAAUUUCAUGAUUGUCCACAUGUGCUAGAAUGCUUUACGCUUGCAUGGCAACUGCUGUGGGAGCAUCCCUAUUUUUUUUACCCUCCGUUAUGUCUUGGUUUUACUGGGAGCUUUCAUGGUUAGUAUUAAGAGUGCCUCAUUGGAGGGGUGUGCAUUUAUUUUAUUGAUACAAAUGCAAGUUCAAGACCUCCUUUAUCCAAAAUGUCAUUGAAUUUAAAUUGGUGUUAAAAACAAAUUCAAAGGCCCAGAUCCUCAAGUGCUGUAAAUCAAUGUAGCUCCAUUAACUCACCACCUGCUGAGGAAAUGGUCCAAUGAGUUUGAACAGUCUGAGAGGGAAGAGACUUGUAAUCAGUCAGGUUUCCCUCCCUUGCGGAUUCUGUCUCUCUUGUAGUAGCCCUCCAGUCAUGCUCUUCUAGCCUGGCCCCCGUCUGGAUUUUUAAUAUAAGGCUGUGGUGUGGUGUGGUGUUGUUUUAUUUUAAAGUGGGUAAACUAACCUACAUACUCCCCAAAUGAGAAGUAAACUCAGUUUACCCUAGUUUAUCCUUGACCAUGCUACUGCUUAUAAGGGCUUGUCUAUAUGGACAGUGCAGCAAGCUGGGAUAUAAAUCUACCCCGCACCAGCCUGCCACGCACUGACUGUCCCUGUGCCCCUGCUGCUGUGCACUAGGAGUUCCCUUCCACACUUUGAUCUACACCGCUUAGAGAUAGGAGUAGGACAGUGUACACGAGGGGACCUUUUAGUGUGCAGUAGUGGGAUCCACACAGACAGUUAGUGUGUGGCAGAUUUGCACCUCACUGUUCAUCUAGACAAACCCCUAUGAACAAGCACAGCUCCCCACCUUUCAGGGCUUCAUGCAGUAGGAAGAGGCACUUUCUAAAAAUUAGUUUGCAGUAAUCUUGAAGCCCCACCUCAGCCCGAGCUCUUAGGUAGUGUGACAGGGUGGGGCCAGAUGGCUAUAGGAGAGUAAUAGAAGGCAGAUAUUUUAGCCCCAGGCUAAGUAGGUUCCUUUUCCCUAGAUAAGGUAAUGGAAGGUUCCAGAACAAUCAGGAGCCUUCUGGAGACAAUUAAGACAGGCUGAUUAGAACACCUGCAGCCAAUCAAGAAGCUGCUAGAAUCAAUUAAGGCAGGCUAAUCAGGGCACCUGGGUUUUAAAAAGGAGCUCACUUCAGUUUGUGGUGUGCGUGUGAGGAGCUGCGAGCAAGAGUCACUAGGAGCUGAGAGUGAGAAUGCGGACUGUUGGAGGACUGAGGAGUACAAGCAUCAUCAGACACCAGAAGGAAGGUCCUAUGGUGAGGAUAAAGAAGGUGUUGGGAGGAGGCCAUGGGGAAGUAGCCCAGGGAGUUGUAGCUGUCGCGUAGCUGUUCCAGGAGGCACUCUAAACAGCUGCAUUCCACAGGGCCCUGGGCUGGAACCCGGAGUAGAGGGCAGGCCUGGGUUCCCCCCAAACCUCCCAACUCCUGGUCAGACACAGGAGGAGUUGCCCCUGACUGCGGGCUCAUGAAAAUGGCCAAACUGAGGGCUGCUGUGAAGCUCCAAGGCGAGCAUAUCUGCCAACAUGCGCAAGACCCACUAAGGUAGAGCAGGAACUUUGUCACAGUAGAUAUCAGGAAACCCAUUUUCUAGGUGGGCAGCAGGAGAGAAUGUCUUGCUCUGGCCCUCACUUGCUGUGGGGAAAAGAGUUGUUAAUCAUAUACAGCUGUCCUGACUCCAGUCUUCUGCUGUGAGCAGUAGCCCAUAGACAUGUCCUUCUUGUCCAGUACUUGAAGGCUAAUGGGUUGUUUGUAGCCAGAUCUGGUGUGUGUUAGGUUGCUUGUUUCUACAUCUGUUUAUCUGCUGGCACCCACCCAAGGAUAGAAUGAGCCUGGCCUGGUGCUGCUGAGUUCCAGUGAUGAUCACCCUCGGGGUGCAUUGCUGGAGGAACAUGGAACAAAAGGUGCCCUCUCACUUUGCCUGGAGACUAUCAUUUGACUUGGAGGCCGCUGUGGCGAUGACAUUAUAUAAAGGAAGGGGGCCAUUUCUCCUUCUGAAAGGAGUGUGAUUUUUAUAAUGGCUGGGCAGAGCACUAGCUGUAUUCCUGAACCAUGAAAUUUCUUGAGUUGGUGGAAGAUUUUCUGACAUUUUAUCAUCAGAAAAUAAUAAUUCAAUGGAAUUGACACAUUCACAGGAGUGUGUCUAGUCCGUCAGACCUGGCAAUGGAAAGCAUGCGGGCAGGCUUGCUGGCUCCCCAGCCAACGUGGGCAGUGGGUUCUGCAGGCUCUUUGGAAUAGCUGGGCAGCUGGCUUUCCCAGCUGGUGGGUUCCCCAAGUUGCCCAUCAGGUGGGUGGGCAGGCUUCCUGGACAAACAACUUCCCACCUCCCCUGCUGCUUCCCACAGAAAAUUUUCCAGUUCAAGUUUUUUGUUUCCAUUCAGGAUGAAUUUUUCUUUUUCAGACAUGCAAAAUUUUCUGUGAGAAGGAAAUCCCAGUUCUAGUAACUUCUCUACAGGUAGCUGUGGGGCUUGGAGGAGGUAAAUUGCUGCAUUUGGAAUAAAAGACUCUUUCCACUAGCCAGGAAUAUACACAACUCUCCUCUCUCUUUUCAGGGCUCUGCUCUGAAGCAUCUCACCUCUGCAGCUGAGGGAAAACUGCACUGCUUUCCAAUAACCGGCACUAGAAGAGCAGAGCCCAGCAAACUCAAAAAAGGAUAAAAGUCCUUCAGACUGUAGCUAUUAAUUCCCACUACCCAGAGGGACAUCCUCAUGUUGUGUACUCUCUAUGGAGAAUUGUUUUUCUACAGAGCCCCCUGCUGAGGCACAUGGGGUACUGCACAAUAUAAACAACCUACCCCCAGCAAAAAAACCACCCACUUAAAAUAUAUGUGGUAUGAAUAUAUCAGUAGUUUUUAACUAGGCUGAAUGUGACUUUUAUUUUCUUAUUUGAUGUUUAUUUUUAAUUAUUUUUAUAGAUGUAAAAACUCACAAUUACAGGAACUAUGGGGAAGGGUCAGACAAUAAUAAUGACAAGAGACACUGAGAUUCCAUAAGUUAAAGCUUUGUAACCAUUAAAACCCAAAUUGGCAACAUCUCAUGUCAAAAUAUACAAACUCAAUAUCCUUAAAUCAAACUCUAA